GUUUGUACCAGUAGCAGGCAGAGCAUAAAAACGACAGGGCUUCUGGCAGAAGUACAUUCUAAUGAACGAGCAAAACACAGGACACAUAUUAAGCUACAAUUCUGUAAAAACAAAGAAGAUAUUUAGGAGAUAUUCGGGCAAAUAUUCAGUCGCUAGACUUUUCCACUGCCACCAAGAGCCAAGAGUUUGAACCUCAUUCAACAACAGUAUGGAGGGGUAUGUGAUGACACCUGGAGACAUGGAGAGGGGCCUUGAAAAUAGCCUUGUGGACAGUGGCCCUGUGUACAAGACAACGGUGACAGCUGUUGCUGAGAGAAAGGCCUCCAGAGGUUGGUUAUGGAGGCUGUGUGGGGUCCUCUUAGUAGUGGCUUUAUGUGCGGCAGCAGCCCUGCUCUUUGCGUGGGGUCAGCGUGGAAGACUGGCAAUGAUGCAGGACGAAAUGGAGCCUCGGCUGGAGAAACUCAUUGGUGCAAAAGAUACCCACCAUACGUUGAAGCAGAUUGCCGGCAAUGCAAAAGCAGCCAUCCAUUUAGAGGGUGAAUACAAUCCUAAUGUCACCGCUGACACAGUGCAGUGGAGAAAGGAUGACGGCCAGGCCUUUUCCCAGGGUGGGUUCGAGCUACAAGGGAACCAAAUCCUCAUCCCGCAGACUGGGCUCUUCUUUGUUUACAGCCAGGCUUCAUUCAGGGUCAAGUGCAACGGCCCGGGCGAGCAAACCACUCCUCUGAGUCACGUUAUUUGGCGCUAUUCGGACUCCAUCGGGGAUAACGCUAAUCUUCUUAGCGGGGUAAGGUCAGUUUGUCAACGAAACUACGGUGAUGCUGAGUCCAAUAUCGGCGAGGGCUGGUACAAUGCAGUUUACCUUGGUGCGGUGUUUCAGCUGAAUGAAGGGGACAAACUGUGGACUGAGACCAAUCGACUGACCAAUGUGGAGUCAGAGCAGGGCAAGAACUUUUUCGGUGUGUUUGCACUAUGAUGAGAGCGAGGUAGGGCAGAGAUUAAUAUUUGUUAAAACAGUUUUGUGUUAAAGCUCUUAUUUUGUUGUUGCAAUUUUAUGGCGACUGAGCAAUGGAGAUAGGUCUAAUCUUAAUGGUUAUUUUGUAAACUGCAACAGUUUGAGAAAUUAUAAUUGUUUGUCCAUACAUGAUGAUUGUCCAUUCUCAUAUUAUAGAUUUUGCACCAAAUAAUAUUAUGGCUUUAUUUAUAUUAACUUUUUGUAUUUUUAUAUUUACUAUUUAUAUGGCAAUACAGUAGGCUACUGUGGAGAAGUAUAAGUUAUUUUGAUUCACAUAAGCCUAGCAGUAGCCUAUACUAGGCCCUAUCAGAAUACAUUUCUACAAUAUGAAGUUAUUUAAUUUAAUGUAUUGACAUGUCUAUUUAAAUGUGAUCGUGUGUGUUGUAUUUGUCAGCUAU